CCGGGGCCGUUCCCGUGCCCGGGGCGGUUCCCGGGGCCGUUCCCGUUCCCGUCCCCGCCCCUUUCCCGCCGUGCCCCGCGCGGCGGCCCCGGAAGGCGGCGGGAGCGGGUCUUGAUAGAAGCUUCUCUCUGAAGGACUGCAAAGGAAUACAGGACAUAAUGACUACUGCAGAUGAUAAACUGCUUGGUGAGAAGCUCCAGUACUAUUACAGCAGUAGUGAGGGUGAGGAUGAGGACAGUGAGAAGGAAGAUAAAGAAGGGGAGAGCAACAUUCCUGAAAGUGUGGGAGAGGUGGAGCUCAGCAGCGAUGUUAGCACCGAUGUCAGCACUGUCAACACAGGUCCCAAGGGAGUCAUCAAUGACUGGAGGAGGUUUAAGCAGCUGGAGACGGAGCAGCGGCAGGAGCAGCGCCGGGAGAUGGAGCGGCUCAUCAAGAAGUUGUCCAUGACCUGCAGGUCUCACUUAGAUGAUGAGGCUGAUAAGCAGAAGCAGAAGGAGCUUCAGGAAAAAAUCAAUGGAAAGAUGACUUUACAGGAGUACAACAUGAUCCACAACGACGAGGACGACGAGGAGUUCCUGCAGCGCUACAGGAAGCAGAGGAUGGAGGAGAUGAGGCAGCAGCUGUACAGUGGGCAGCAGUUCAAGCAGGUCUUUGAGAUCACCAGCGGAGAAGCAUUUUUGGACACGGUGGACAAAGAGCACAAGAGCACCCUGAUCAUGAUCCAUAUUUAUGAAGAUGAUAUCCCUGGCGCCGAGUCCCUGAACGGCUGCAUGAUCUGCCUGGCUGCCGAGUACCCCACGGUGAAGUUUUGCAGAGUGAAGAGUUCCCUCAUCGGGGCCAGCACCCGCUUCACCAACAAUGCCCUGCCAGCCCUGCUGGUCUACAAGGCCGGGGAGCUCAUCGGCAACUUCGUGCGCAUCACCGACCAGCUCGGGGAAGAUUUCUUUGCUGUAGACCUGGAGGCUUUUCUGCAGGAAUGUGGUUUGCUGCCAGAAAAAGACCUGCUGCUCCUGACUUCUAUACAUAACCCUUCUGCAUGUUCCAGUGAGGACAGUGAUCUGGAAAUAGACUGAGGCGCUGACGCCGAGGGCCCGUAGGUGUAGCUGUGCUGUGGGAUGUUCUGUGCUAGGGAUUGUUCUCUCCCUUCCAUAGCGUGGGUUUGUGUUCCUCCCCCUCCUGCACUUUGACUUGUUAAAAAUAACAUAAGGAAUUCCUAGCAUUUUCUCAUUUUCUUAAUUCAGUAAAGUACAGCUGAAACAGUCUCAUUUCUAUGCAAUUCAAAUGUGUUUUACUUACCAUGAAGUUUUAACAUGAUUCAGUAAGUUUAGGAAGUUGUGUGUUGUCAUCUCCCUUCUCCAAAUCUAUUUUAAACGUUUUGUUCUCAGAUCAGCAGUGUGUGGUCAGUGUCCCUACAGGUUUCCUGAACCAGUGUAAUAUAAAUACCAGUUGGAUCAAGAUGUGGUCACCAACUCCCUAAGACAAGAACUGAGACUGCAAAUAGAGGAGUUUUUAAAAUUCAAGACUUAAUAACCUGGUGCUGAACUGCUACCAGUUAACAGUGCAAGGUCCCAUCUGCCAAUUUGCAGUCUCCUUCUUGGAAGUACCUUGUUCUAACACUUGGCCUCAAAUAUUUGUUCCUUUCUCACUUAAAAAUAACGACAUCCCCUGACUUCAUCCUGAAAAUUGCUUUUCAGAUGGAGAGAGUUCUUCUUUCUUUAACCUUCCCUGAGACUUAAAUGAGAAAAUCUUGCAAUUACAGCUUUUAAUAUGUUCUUGGGUUUUAAAAUACUCGUCCUUAGAGUUCACAGUAGUCACUCCAUCAGAAAAUGAGCUCUGGCUCUUCAGAGAGACUGUUACAAAGAGCUCCAACGUGUGUGCUGAGCAGCAGCAAGAAUUUUGUUGGCAAAAUGCAGAAUUAGGACUUAAAUAACCUCAGAAUUUCAUCUCUCCCUAAAAUUACUAAAUCAGUGCUAAAGUUCAUUUCUGUCUGCCUUCAGUAGUAAAAAGUAGACUGUCAUUACUUAAAUAUAGGACCCAGUGUAAUGCUGUGUUUAAUGAUGAAAUUUACUUGCAAUUUUUAUGUAAAGCACUUUGGAACACCAGGAAGAAAUGCAAAUGUGUCUGUGGAUCAUUGUAGGAUCUUAAUAAGAAUGGCUCUUGGGCUAGAAAAAGGAGAAUUUGUAACUGUGUCUAUUUGAACUGUGUUUUUAAAAGUAAUACGAGCAGAAAAAUAAAUAAUCUGUAAUUAAAAAUGA